AUGAAUGAAGAUAGUGGAGAGCAGCCAAUGGGAUGUGAUGAGCAGGAUACCAGGGAAGACCAUCUUACCAGCUUCUUUGUAGCCUCAGUGGCAGAUGUCCCUCAACCCGCUUCUGUUGAUCCCUUUCCUGUUCCAGCACCCGAAAUAUCUCCGGCAAAGAUUAAUGAUGUGAAUGCGGGGAGAACUUCUGUUUCUUCGUCUUUGAACCAGAUGGAACUAGCCAAGUUCUCCGCCAUUGCUGAAACCUGGUGGGACUCUGAAGGGCCAUUUAAACCAUUACAUGCUUUGAACCCAACAAGACUUUCUUUCAUUCGGUCCACUCUUUGCCGACAUUUCAGAAAGGAUCCUUAUUGUGCCAGGCCUUUUGAAGGACUGAAAAUUGUGGAUGUUGGUUGUGGAGGUGGGAUUCUUUCAGAGCCUCUGGCCCGAAUGGGAGCUUCUGUAACAGGAAUAGAUGCAGUGGAGAAAAAUAUCAAAAUUGCACAGCUUCAUGCCGAACUGGAUCCAAUGACAUCAAUAGAAUAUUGUUGCACAACUGCUGAAAAGUUGGUUGAGGAACAGAGGAAGUUUGAUGCUGUCAUUGCUCUAGAGGUGAUUGAGCAUGUAGCAGAUCCUGCUGAAUUUUGCAAAUCCUUGGCAGCAUUAACUGUUUCUGGUGGAGCUACUGUAAUCUCUACAGUAAAUCGCUCUAUGAGAUCAUAUGCUAUGGCCAUAAUUGCUGCUGAGUACCUUCUCCAUUGGCUCCCUAAAGGCACACAUCAGUGGUCAAGUUUCUUUACUCCUGAAGAACUAGUCCUGAUCCUAGAACGAGCUUCUAUCUCUGUUCAAGAGGUUGCAGGUUUUGUUUACAACCCAUUGACUGGAAAGUGGGCGUUAUCUGUUGAUAUUAAUGUAAAUUUCAUUGCAUUUGGUAGCAAAAAUAACUUAUAAAACUAGAGCAAAAUGUUUUGUUUUAUUGAUAAAUAAUUUUGCUAUACUAGUUCUACUGGUUAUAAUUGUUUAGAUUUAAUACUCCUUUUUGAAUCAAUAAAAUGGUCUUCUGCCGCUUGAAUCACU